AUGGGCGGUAUCACUUUCCUCAUGUUCCUCGUGACAGCCGUCACCGGCGUGCUCCUGAUGUUCUAUUACCGUCCAACAGCUGAAUACGCUUUCCACGAUGUCCAGUACCUCGAAUUUGACAUUCCGUUCGGGAUGCUCCUGCGGAACAUGCACCGCUGGGCAGCGCAUGGGAUGGUUAUCUCGGUGAUGCUACACAUGUUCAGGGUUUUCUUGACCGGUUCCUAUAAGAAACCUCGAGAAUUCAAUUGGGGGGUCGGUGUCAUCUUAUUACUCGUGACAUUUUUCCUGAGUUUUACGGGCUAUCUGUUGCCGUGGGAUCAGUUGGCGUUUUGGGCUGUGACUGUCGGGACGAACAUGGCACGUGCAACACCGGUUUUGGGGCAUGAAGGUCCAUUUGCUCCGCAAAACAUCACACAAUCGAACGACGUCCGAUUCGCACUGCUGGCGGGUACAAUCGUAGGGCCCUCAACGUUAUUGAGGUUCUAUAUUUUACACUGCGUUGCGGUGCCGCUAUUGGCAAGCGUCCUGAUGGCUUUACAUUUCUGGCGGGUCCGUAAAGAUGGCGGUAUCUCUGGACCUCUAUAG